AUGGCGAAUAGUCACCAUGGACAUGAGGAGGAUGAUAGUCUACAGCAAGGGAAGCCCAUUCGGAACUAUAAAAUCUUUCCAGGACAAAAUAUAUUCUUGUGCGGGGGACGUAUCAUGACCAGUCGAGAUUUCCCAGCGUUUAUCGUUGCUAUUAUGUUACUCCUGGUGCCCACAGGACUAUUCCAUGGUUUUGCAUCACCGUAUCUAUGGAAUAGGCUAAGCCCUGCUGUGCCCAUCAUACAAGCUUAUUUAUUCAUAAUCACAUUUUCAUCCAUGCUCAAGACAUCGUGGACAGAUCCUGGAGUACUUCCUCGAGGGAUUGAUGGAGAUCCCCCGGUAGAUACGCCCAUGUCGUUUGACAACAGUGCCUCGUUUUAUCCACCGAGAGGUCUACCACGUCUGAAGGAGGUACAGGUUGGCAUGUAUACUGUUCGACUCAAAUACUGUGAUACUUGUAAAAUCUAUCGUCCCCCUCGAUGCAGCCAUUGUCGUCAAUGUGAUAACUGUGUUGAGGACGAAGAUCAUCAUUGUAUAUGGCUCAAUAACUGCAUAGCUGUUGGUGCACUAGCAUCCUACCACUUUUGGUUGGCCACGAAGAACAGGACAACGCAUGAACAGCUUAGUGCAUCGAUGAUGGGACCACAUCUAGUGGAGAAUCCUUACGAUCGAGGCAGCAUCUUUGCAAACUGUGUAGCUGUUUUCUGCAGACCACCUACCCGGAGGUAUGAUAAUGUUGUUUUUUAA